AUGGUGCUGCAACGAGUAGUAUGCUUACCUGGCAUUAAUCCUCGAGUCCUGAUCGCCUGUGGCAAGCAGUUCCUUGUUCUAGAUACUCUAACACAAAAAGCUAUUGCUGGACCGUCCGAUUUAUUGAAAACACAUCCUGAAAGCGUCUCAAAUGGAUACAUUGCAAUCGCAGAUGAAGCCUAUUCGAAAGGCGAUAUUCUGGACGUGGCUUGCAAUUCUGAUGGCACUCUCAUCGCUUGUUGUGCUGAUGACAAGUCCGUUACUAUCUGGUCUUCAAGCACUUGGACCAUUGUCACCAAAAGAACUUCGCUAAAACGUCCCAGUGUUGCUAAAUUCUCGUCGGAUUCCUCCACGUUGCUAGUUGGUGACAAGUUUGGUGAUAUCUAUCGGUUAACCACCCGUUGCACAUCGAGUUUCAAUAUCGCCCUUUCUCAUCGAGUUAUAAAUCUCAGAUUUUCGCUCUUACCAUCCGAAACCAAACCUACCCUACUAUGCGGUCAUGUGUCAAUGCUUACAGACUUGCUCGUCUCACCAGACGACAAGUACCUGAUAUCAGCAGACCGCGAUGAAAAGAUCCGUGUACACCACUACCCAAACACGUAUAACAUCCACGGCUUUUGUCUGGGUCACAAACAAUUCGUGUCUCGACUGGCAAUCCCAUCUUUCGCUCCAAACAUCCUUGUAGCAGGUGGCGGCGAUAAUGAUUUGAUUGUUUGGGAUUAUAUUAGUGGAGCUGCAGUACACAGGGUGGAUUUACACUCGCUAGUUGCUAAAGACGUGCCAAUAUCACAAGAUCCUGAAGCUACAGCCGAGCUGUCUGAUGCCGUCUCUGUUGCUGCUAUAAGUGUCUCUGAUGUGAAUAAGGAGGUCGCUGUUGUGUUAGAAGGUCGACCUUGUAUAAUAAUACUCGAUGCGGCUGACCUCACAACCAGUGUAAAGCUCAAACGAAUUAUAUCUACCAUGGACGAAUCAUCAAGGUACAAUACAUUUGAUGCAGCAUAUGAUUCAACUGGACGAUUAUGGACUGUUGGAAGUGUUGCUCCCAUUUCAGACUCGAAUGCUCGUGACAAUGCAUGUCGAGUAUACGAGUCACAGGGUAGCGACACUUAUCUUUCGGAAGGUAAUCUCUUGACAUGGUGGAAGGCAUCUAAUUCAUCGUCGUUUGAAUUAUUCGGGAUUGGCCAGCUGAGAAAGAGGUUUGAAGGUGCACGGAUGAUUUCAAAACGUAAAGGUGCCGAUGCUGGUAAUGAUCGAGAGGAUGGUGGGAAUAAGGGUAGCAAUAAGAAGAAACGUGAGAACUGGCAGAAUAAGAAGCAACAGAACAAAGGCCCAAGGCUGCCAUCUUAUGCUCGGAACCAAAAGUAA